AUGGUUAAGAUCGGUGAUGGCAAUUUCUCUAACAAAAGGUUUGAUGGAAAAGGUCGUCCUAGAUUCCGACAAAGGUUUUCCGAUCAAAUUUCCUUUAAUGCUCCUCCUAAGUUCAACCGAGAUAGGGUAUCUAACCCUAAGCCUCAAGGAGGAAAUGGUAGUGGAUCUUCAUUGUGUAGGUCUAAUUGUCCUAAGUGUGGUAGGAAGCAUGAGGGUAAGUGCCUAGCUGACACGAAUGGUUGCUUCUGUUGUGGUAAGACUGGUCACAAAAUUAGGGAUUGCCCAAUGCUUAUAGCUAAAGAAAGAGAGACUCAUAGUGAGCGAGAGGGUUCUCUGAAUGUUAUUACCAGUAUGUUGAAAGUUUACCAACUUGAUGUUUAUGAUUUACUUGAUCUAAGUGCUACCUUGUCUUUUGUCACGCCAUAUCUGGAUAUGAGAACUCGUGUAGUUAAGUUUCAGUUCCCGAAUGAGCCUGUCCUUGAGUGGAAGGGGGGGAAUUCUACGCCUAAGGGUCAGUUUGUCUCUUAUCUUAAAGCUACAAAGAUGAUUUCUAAUGGUUGCUUUUACCAUCUAGUUAGGGUGAGGGAAGUAGAUUCUGAAACCCCUUCUCUUUAG